AUGGAAUAGUCAUGCUCGAACGCAUCGAAAUUGAAAAAUCCAUACCAAAAGUAGACGAAAGGGAAAACGUAAAAGUCACCUCAGUCUCAGUGCGCAGUGAUGCAGUAAAACAGAAGUCCAUCCUCUCAUCUGUCGUUCACGACUUGGCGGUGCGUUGCUGCUAGCGUGGAUUGUCUUUUCUUCUCUCUCUCAAUUGUAUUGUUGUGUCACUCUUUCGCUUUUUUCUAUUACUGCUUCUUCAUUCGCUUUCACACUCUACUUCUUUUUACUCCUUUUUUUCCCUUUUCUAAACCUCAAUUUCCUUAUAUACAUUUACAAUUCGGUUCCGAUUCCGUUAAUGCAUUUUCUCCUUAAGCGCGAUCCUUCUCUACCACACUUCUUCAAUCGUUAGGGUUUCUCUCAAAUUGAUUCCCAUGGCUAUCAGAGGCGUUGAUUUCAAGUGGUAUGAUGGAUUUUUCUUGUCCAUGCUCGCUACCAGCGUAGUGAUUGUUGCAAUUAAUUGGAAGCGCUACCAUUCUUGUACAUACCCACUGCACAUAUGGAUUGUGGUGGAUUAUACUGCCGUGUUUGUUUUCCGGCUCUUGAUGUUUGUUGAUAAUGGCUUUGCUGCUGGAAUGGGUUUAGAUUUUGGUUGGCAGCAGAGAUACGCCCGUUUCUGUGGAAGAGUAGCCGUCCUUUCAAUCCUUGGAUUGCUUCUUUAUCCAUUUCUCUGGGCUUGGACUAUAGUUGGUACCAUGUGGUUCAGCACUGCCAAGAGCUGUUUGCCUGAAGAGGGUCAGAAAUGGGGAUUUCUCAUCUGGUUACUUUUUAGCUACUGUGGACUUCUUUGCAUUGCUUGCAUGUCAGUGGGAAAGUGGUUGACUCGACGCCAAGCACACCUAGUGCGUGCCCAACAGGGUAUCCCAGUGUCUGAAUAUGGGAUUUUGGUCGAUAUGAUCCGCGUGCCUGAUUGGGCAUUUGAAGCUGCGGGUCAAGAGACAAGGGGCAUGGGCCAAGAUGCUGCUGCAUAUCAUCCAGGACUUUACCUAACACCAGCUCAGAGAGAAGCAGUUGAAGCAUUAAUUCAGGAGCUCCCAAAGUUCAUGUUAAAGGCUGUUCCUACUGAUUGCAGUGAAUGCCCCAUCUGCUUAGAAGAGUUCCGAGUUGGGAAUGAGGUUCGUGGGUUGCCUUGUGCUCACAAUUUUCAUGUUGAAUGCAUUGACGAGUGGCUCAGGCUGAAUGUGAAAUGUCCUCGGUGCCGUUGUUCAGUGUUCCCAAAUCUCGAUCUUAGUGCCCUUUCCAAUCUCCGUCCAGAUUCUGAACGGUCUUCUGCCAGUGUUGUGACAACAACUAGAUAUGUGAGAGGCCAACCUUCCAGUCAAAGUUACCUGUUAAGGUUACAGGGACUUCUUCGCCCAGUGCGUGCUGAAAUUGCAGGGCCAGUCGGGGACACAGAUAAUGCUUUGCAAAAUGCUGAGAAUGGUGUUGUACCUAUUGUGACACAAAAUGCACCAAACAGAGUCCAGGUCUCUUCUGUGGAAUGCGUGCCCGUUAAUCAUUCCUCUGCACAAAGUUAGAUUAGAUUCAGAGCUUUCUGAUAUAUUUCUAACUCAUUCUAGAGGUGAAAGAAUGCAUAUCCACAUGUAUAAAAAUGUAUCCACAUUCUAACAUGAAAAUUUUACAUUGAUCCAUGAAGAAAUGGGUCAGUUUCUUUGUCUGGGACAUCAUGGAAUGGCGUAGCAGGACUUUGAAAAUCAAGGUAUACCUUUUCGCUUGACUAACCUAGAUUAGAACCGAAUAUGUCUAAUUGUUUCUUUUGUUUUGAUAAAGUGUAAAAAGAGUUCAAAUUUCUAAUCAUAUACUAUUUUAGUUUUGCCUUUUUA